GUACGGAGCCUAAUGAGUUCACUUUUGCAACAGUACUUACUUCAUGUACUGGUGGUGCGUGGGGGUUUGACUUAGGAAGGCAAAUCCACUCUCUCAUAAUAAAAACAAAGUUUGAAUCACAUAUAUUUGUUGGAAGCUCACUUCUCGACAUGUAUGCCAAAGCUGGUAGAAUCUAUGAAGCCCGAGGAGUUUUCGACUGCUUGCCAGAGAGGGAUGUUGUUUCUUGUACUGCUAUAAUCUCUGGCUAUGCCCAGCUGGGCCUUGAUGAAGAGGCUUUGGAGCUAUUCCGUCAGUUGCAGAGGGAAGGAAUGACUUCAAACUAUGUCACUUAUGCUAGUGUGUUAACAGCAUUAUCAGGGCUUGCUGCGUUGGACCUUGGCAGGCAAGUUCACAACCACGUCCUUCGUCGUGAACUGCCCUCAUAUGUGGUUCUUCAGAACUCACUGAUUGAUAUGUACUCUAAAUGUGGAAACCUAAGUUACUCACGAAGGAUCUUUGAUAGCAUGCCAGAGAGAACUGUUAUAUCAUGGAAUGCAAUGCUUGUAGGGUAUAGUAAGCAUGGAAUGGGAAAAGAGGUGGUUAAGCUUUUCAAACUAAUGAAAGAAGAAAAUAAAGUCAGACCAGACAGUGUCACUUUUUUGGCUGUUUUAUCUGGUUGCAGUCACGGAGGAAUGGAAGAUAGAGGGCUAGAAUAUUUUUAUGAGAUGGCAGAAGGGGAAAAUGGUAUUGAGCCAGAGCUUGAGCACUAUGGGUGUGUUGUUGAUCUUCUCGGGCGUGCUGGUCGAGUUGAAGAGGCAUUUGAGUUUAUCAAAAAGAUGCGUUUUGAACCAACUGCUGCUAUAUGGGGUUCACUUUUAGGUGCUUGUAGGGUUCACUCAAAUGUUGAGAUUGGUGAAUUUGUGGGUUUUCGGCUUUUACAAAUUGAACCUGAAAAUGCUGGGAAUUACGUAAUUCUUUCUAAUUUAUAUGCUUCUGCGGGGAGAUGGGAAGAUGUAAGAAAUGUAAGGGAAUUGAUGGUAGAGAAGGCCGUGAUAAAGGAGCCUGGAAGAAGUUGGAUUGAGCUUGACCAAAUCCUUCAUACUUUUCAUGCAAGUGAUCGCUCCCAUCCAAGAAGGGAAGAGGUGUCUGCAAAGGUGAAAGAAUUGUCAGUCAAAUUAAAGGAAGCUGGUUAUGUUCCUGAUUUGGGUUGCGUUUUAUAUGAUGUGGAUGAGGAGCAGAAGGAAAAAGUACUCCUAGGCCACAGUGAAAAGAUGGCUUUGGCUUUUGGGCUGAUUGCUACACCUGAAGGAGUGCCUGUACGUGUGAUAAAAAACCUUCGAAUUUGUGUCGAUUGCCAUAAUUUUGCAAAACUAGUCUCAAAGAUUUAUGGAAGAGAAGUGUCUUUGAGAGAUAAAAACCGGUUUCAUCACAUUGUCGGAGGAACCUGUUCUUGUGGAGAUUACUGGUGAGUUUUGAAGACUCUUGCACUGCCUCUUACGGAUAUAAAUAUCUGAUUUAACAAUGAAACAGAAGCAAAAUUCGGUCAUCGUGGAACAAUGGCAUGAAAUGGAAACUAUAGGCCAAAAACAUGGAGUGACAUGUAGAAAACUGAGAAACCAUACUUCAGUAUUGGCAUAAAGGAGAAUGUUUUGGUUUCUGGCAUGAAAAGAAAAUGGAGUGUCUUGGCCAUGUGGGUUGAACGGUUGAAGAUCAUUUGAAGUACACGAUUCCCUCUUUCAUACUCUCUGAGUUCUUUUGAAGACUAUCUAUUAUUGAACCGGGGGCAUUUGAGGAGUUCAUAUCUUUGUUCAGCACUGAAACAGAAAGGCAAAUAGCUGUCUAGCCGAUACA